AUGGCUUCCACCAAGGCGGACGAUGUCGUCCAGCCGGCGUACGACUCGACGCCGCCCUCUGCGAAAGAUCGGCGGGAUUCGACCUCCUCCGUGGCCAAGGUCAUUGAAAAUGCAAAGGCGGCCACGGAAAAGGAACGGAAUAUGACCCUGUUACAGGGGAUCAAGACCUACCCCAAGGCCGUCGCCUGGAGCGUCCUCAUUUCCACCUGUAUCGUCAUGGAAGGCUACGAUAUUAGUCUAGUCAACAAUUUCUACGCCUUUGACCAGUUCAAUCGCAAGUACGGUGAACUGACAUCGAAAGGAGAGUACGAAGUGCCAGCGCGGUGGCAAGCCGGUCUCAGCAACGGAGCGUACGUCGGAGAAAUCAUCGGCCUCUUCAUCAACGGUUGGGCGUCGGAACGCUUCGGAUACCGCUACACCCUGAUCGCCUGUCUCAUUUUGAUCACCGCGUGGACCGCAAUCUUCUUCACCGCCCCCAACGUGCAAGCGCUGCUCGCCGCCGAGAUCCUCGCGGGUAUCCCCUGGGGCGUCUUCCAGACGCUGACCGUCACCUACGCGUCCGAGGUCUGCCCCGUUGCGCUGCGCGGGUAUCUGACCACCUAUGUCAACUUCUGCUGGGGUCUGGGACAGCUGAUCGGGGUGGGAGUGAUCAAGGCCAUGAUCCCCCGCACCGACGAAUGGGCUUAUCGGAUCCCGUACGGUCUGCAAUGGAUGUGGCCGGCGCCGCUCCUCGUUGGGAUAGCCCUCGCCCCCGAGUCCCCCUGGUGGCUCGUCCGCAAAGGCAAAGCGCAAAAAGCCAAGCAAGCCCUGCUCCGACUGACGAGCGUCAACCGCGAGUCCGACUUCGACGCCGACGAAACCAUCGCCAUGAUGGUCCACACCACGGCCCUCGAGAAGCAAAUCACCCACGGCGCCAGCUACAUGGACUGCUUCCGCGGCACCGACCGCCGCCGCACCGAGAUCGUCUGCAUGGUCUGGGCGAUCCAGAACCUCAGCGGCAACACCUUCUCCAACUACUCGACGUACUUCUUCAAGCAGGCCGGCCUCGACCCGACCAAGGCCUACGCCUUCGCCAUGGGCCAAUACGCCAUCAACAUGGCGGGCGUCUUCGGCGCCUGGUUCCUCAUGACCAUCGGGCUCGGCCGCCGCACCCUCUACCUCUACGGCCUGUGCGGCCUCUGCGUCAUGCUCAUCGUCAUGGGCUUCCUCGGCCUCGUCCCCGACGAACACCGCGACCAGAGCGCUCUCGCGACCGGCUCCAUGAUGCUCAUCUGGGCCAUGUUCUACCAGCUUACCGUCGGCACAGUCGCGUACUCCCUCGUCGCAGAGUUCUCCACCCGCCGGCUGCAAAUCAAGACCGUCGUGCUCGGCCGCAACCUCUACAACGUUGUGGCCAUUAUCUGCGGCGUCCUCACCCCCUACAUGCUCAACCCGGACGCGUGGGACUGGGGCAACUACGCCGGCUUCUUCUGGGGCGGCAUCUGCUUCUGCUGCAUCGUGUACACCUACUUCCGUGUCCCUGAGCCGAUGGGCCGCUCCUUCGCGGAGCUGGAUCUGCUCUUCGAGCGGAAUGUCAGCGCGCGGAAGUUUGCGAGCACCUCUGUCGAUGUCUUUGAUGAGACAAUUGAGAACACCACGCUGCCGGAUUAUUUGGCGCAGAAGGAGGGCGUCGAUGUUACGACUUCGGAGAAGAGGUCUGCUGUUUGA